UUUAGGGACAAAGGGCCCUAUGGGUUUUACCGGGUUAAUGGGUAAAAGGGGACCAGAUGGGGACAAAGGGGAUCCAGGACCCAAAGGCGACAAAGGUAUUCAGGGGGCAGCCGGAAUUAGGGGUCCUCAGGGAGAGAGGGGCUCCCUCGGCUUCCAAGGUUUCGAGGGCACCAAGGGCCAGCCUGGCCCCAGUGGCACUGAGGGUGAAAAUGGAGAAACUGGUCUUCAGGGAAAACAGGGCGGCCGUGGGUUAAAGGUCAGUGAUGAUGAUUUGUGGGUCUGA